AUGGAUGUUACGCUUCAGAAACACGGCGCCAAACACGUCUAUAGAGUCCCCGAAGGAUUACGUGAGCUUUGUACCGACAUUACACGCGAGGUACUUAGAUCACAACCAAGAGAAAUUUAUUCAUUCAUUGCCGAUUACAUGGAUGUUCUUUUGAUUACACGUGAAAAUGCUAAAGUUGCAGUCAAAGUUGUAAAUAAUAUAUUACAAGGAAGUCAAACGAUAAUGAAUAUACUUUAUCGAACUGGUUUGAGCAUAGAACAAAUUGCUGCAGCAGCACCUAGGAUUCAGAAAGCAUUUCGUACAUAUUUGGAUAUCAUCGAUGGUCGACAAGAACCAUGUGAAGAUGAAAAAUUGGACGAAAAGUCGAGAAUUUCUUUGAGAGAUAUUUUUCAAGCUACCGGAAUUAAUGUUGAACAAGCUGACAAAGCUGCCACAAUUAUACAAGCAGCUUUUCGUGGUCAUCGUUCCAGAAUGUUAUUAGCUGAAUCUCAAGGAAAAAUACAAUGGCAAAGAGCAUUGAUGAAUACUUUGGAUAUUUUGAAAAAAUCUGGUGUCCCAGCUGAAGAAAUAACAAAAUCCAUACCCAUAAUUGAAACAGCAUAUCGUGGAUAUUAUACCAAUAGAAAUUUAAGAAUGCAAAUGAAAAAACACGAAGAGAAAAAAACACUUGAGAUGAAAAAAGAGGAAGAAAAGAAGACAACUCUUCAUGGUUUUACCAUCGAGUCUGGACAAACUGUACAAGCUGUUGCAUGGUUGGAAAUGGUAUUCGAGGAUUCAAAAUUGAGUUUUGAAGUUGCCAACAAUGCUGCUAUGGUCAUUCAAAAAGCUUACAACAGGCAUCGUAUGAGAAAAGGUUUUCUACGUGUUCAAAAGGUGAUUUCAUCAAGGUCUCUCGUAGUAGAAGGAAUUCUCGACGUUUUACGUCAAAAUGUUUUCGACAAAGUUAUUUCGCGCGAUGACAUUCCAGAGGAAUUUGGUACAAGGGAGGAUAUGGAAAAAGCUAGUAAAUUACUUCAACAAAUGUAUAAGGAUCAUUUGAAACGUUCGAGAAUUUCUAUUGAUGGUAGAUAUUACGAAUGA